UCUCGCCCGCUUUCUCUUUUCUACUCGCCCUUCCCUUCAUCUACGAGCCUCAAAUUCCUCACUUUGCACUGCCCUACACUUUCUGAUAUCCCAUUGCCUCGACCCAAAACAAACUCACCACUACACAAUUGCCUCCACGCAUCGUCCCGGCCUAUCUCGACAUGUCUCCUUCAGCCAUCGCUGCCAAUGGCGCCAAUGACACAAACGCGUCGACCUUGAAGCCAACUGCGAAGACUUUUAACCCAUCAAGUGGUACUACGUCCCGGUACCAUGCUUCUUCUACGAAAGAUGCCUUACAUCUUGAGCAGACACACGCCGCUCACAAUUACCACCCUCUUCCAAUUGUGUUCAGCAGAGCACGCGGCGUUCACGUGUGGGAUGCUGACGGGAAAGGCCCGUACCUCGAUUUUCUGUCGGCCUACAGCGCUGUGAACCAAGGCCAUUGCCAUCCUGAACUUGUCAAGGCUCUCACUGAUCAGGCAUCUCGCUUGACCCUGAGCAGUCGCGCUUUCUACAAUGACGUAUUCCCGAAGUUUGCAGAAUUCGUGACAAAGAUGUUUGGCUUUGAUAUGGUCCUCCCAAUGAAUACGGGAGCUGAAGCGGUGGAGACAGCGGUUAAGGUUGCUAGGAAAUGGGGAUAUAAAGUCAAAGGCAUUCCUCAGAAUGAGGCGCUGAUUUUCAGUGUGCAGGAGAACUUCCACGGACGCACUUUCGCCGCUAUCACCAUGUCAACUGACCCCGAAUCACGCGAUAACUAUGGACCUUACCUCCCAAACAUUGGUAGUGUAAACCCGACUACCGGAAAGCAUAUCCGAUACAACAAUGUGGAAGACGUAAGAGAUGUAUUCGAGACUCAUGGUGACAAGACCGCUGCGUUCCUUGUAGAGCCUAUCCAGGGCGAGGCAGGUAUUGUGGUACCAGACGAGAACUACCUGCGUGAAGUCAAGUCUCUUUGUGAGAAGCACAACGUACUUUUGAUUUGUGACGAGAUCCAGACUGGAAUCGCUCGGACAGGCAAGAUGCUAUGCUAUGAAUGGAGUGGUAUCAAGCCCGACAUGGUCCUGUUAGGCAAAGCAAUUUCAGGCGGAAUGUAUCCAGUCUCUUGCGUACUGGCUUCGAAAGAAAUCAUGCUAACCGUUGAGCCCGGCACUCACGGCUCCACAUACGGCGGGAACCCGCUUGGCUGCGCCGUCGCCAUCAGGGCCCUCGAGCUGAUCCAGGAAGAGAGCAUGGUAGAGCGCGCCCAGAAUCUGGGCGAGCUGUUUCGCCAGGGACUACGGAAGAUCAACAACCCCAUGCUGACCCUCGUGCGGGGAAAAGGCUUAUUGAACGCGAUCGUGAUUGACGAAGACAAGACGAAUGGCCACAGCGCCUGGGACCUCUGUAUGCUGCUUAAGGAGAAGGGUUUGCUGGCAAAACCAACACACCAGAAUAUCAUCCGUCUGGCACCUCCAUUGAUAAUCAGCGAAGAACAGAUCCAGCAAGCACUUAGCAUCAUUAGCGAGGCUAUGGCCGAACUUCCCAAUCUGCAAGGGGAGAAGGAGAAGGAAGUGAUUCCUCCAGGCGAAAAGAACAUCCACAUUGGAGUGGACAACUAGAGUAGACGCUGCAAGAAGCGCAACGAGCCGAGCUUUGACGAAUGGGAAGAGUACAUUGGACUAAGUCGUAUACGAGCGUUGUACCUCACAGGUUGCAACGUUGGCAGACGGAAUGCCAUCAUUGCUGGGACGCCGGGAUGACGUUUGAUGUCGGGGAAUGCCAAAAAUAAAGACGAAACGCGGUGAUCAGCAUCAACGUCCGGGUCCAUGGCUCCA